AUGAGAGACGAAUCGAGUGAUCAAUCUAUUUCUUUUGCAACAGGUGGGUUCGACCACAUUAUUCGUAUGUGGCAACCGAGCACCGGGAGGUACAUUCAAGGAUUUGACCACAAUGAUUCCCAGGUAAACGCCCUUGCAUUUACAAGUGAUGGAAGCUAUUUGGCUGCUGCUGGUUUUGGAAAAAUCCGCAUUUACGACGUCUUCGGGGGUGCCAGUCCCGUGACGGUGCUGGCGGAGUUUUCGAAGAACGUAAACGUAGUUGGGCAUGAUUUGAGAGGCAACUGGAUGUUUUCUGGAGGUGAAGACAAGGUGGCCAAAAUUUUCGAUUGGAGAAAUCCCACUCACAAUUCUCGAAGUGUUACUGGAACCUGUAAUAGUUCGUCGAGCAUCAAUUCCAUGGUCCUUCAUCCAAAUCAGUUGGAAAUCCUCUUCAGCAAUGAUAACGGCGAGGUAUAUUUCUGGGACUUGCGCAACGGUCAAGUCAAUAUUAUGUGUCCGGACAUUCGAGGAGGCCCCGUUCACUCAAUUGCGAUCAAUGCCGAAGGAACGUCCCUGGCUGCAGCGAAUGCCUCUGGGUGUAUUAUUGUUUGGUCCCUUGCCUGCAGUAUGGCCUUUAAGCCCACCAAAAAGCACAGUUCCAAGGUUCAUUCCUCUUACGCCCUAAAGUGUGAAUUUUCCCCGGACAGCACACUUCUUGCGACUUGUGGAGCAGACGGCAAGGUAAAUCUACUCAGGACGGCAGACUACAGCGUGACGGGCUCUUUGCGAGCAAGUACGGACCGCUACUGGGCGUGGGACUGUGCUUUCUCAGCUGACUCCCGCUACCUCGUCUCGGCACACUCGGACGGCAUCGCUCGUUUGUGGAACCUGGAAGACAGUCAAAAUAAUGGCCUGGUGUCGGGCACCACAGUAGAACCCCGACUGGAGUAUAAAGGACACCAGCGAGCGGUUACGUGUCUCGCCUUCCGUGACCAGUCUCUUGCUGGUUGUACACCCUAG